AUGCUUGAAAAGUUUGUGUUCUUUUCUAUGUUGAUUGCAUCAAACGCAUUAGAUAAUUGUGCUGAUGGUGAAUGUGUCCUGAAUCAACAUGGAAGAAUAAUGGGUGGAGAUAUUACCAAACGCAAUUCUAGACCAUUUCAGGUAGCUUUAUACUUGCGAGUUGGCACAACGGGCAAACUAGGGUUCUGCGGUGGCUCCCUCGUGCACAGAGAGUGGGUUCUGACGGCGGCACACUGCUGCUUCCAUGAAGAUCACCAGGUCGAUCACGUCCAGGCAAUACUUGGCGCGCAUUCGUUAUACGACCGCUACGAGAACGGACGUCGUGUAGUCAACGUGGACGAGAUAGUGGUGCACCCGGAUUGGGAUGCGAGUACCUUUUCCAACGACAUCGCGCUCAUGAGGCUCGCGAAUAUAAUUCAAAUUACUGACGCCAUAGACACGAUACGCCUACCAUACCUCAGCAUAUCUUCGUAUAAUUUUGCGGGCAUGGGUGCCAUUGCUUCUGGAUGGGGCAUUGCAGCGGAAGGUGUAACAUUCGUGUCUCCAACACUUCGCGAGAAGUUGAUGACUGUUAUGACAGAUCCAGUUUGCAACUCGUCGUACUACAACCAACUGCCGGAAAAUACCGUUUGUGGCUUCAGCGUAGCAGCAGGCAUUUGCAAGGGUGACAAUGGCGGACCGUUGACAAUUUUCUACAACACCACAGAAGAAGUUAUUUUGAUUGGCGUGGCAUCGUUCGUAGGCGCAGGUGGAUGCAGUGACGAUCUACCCUCUGUUUUCACCAGGGUGCAGCGGUACUUACCCUGGAUAAGCGAAGUUACCGGCGUCACUUUGGAAUAA